UCAUACUUUGUCGAAAGCUUUCCUGAAAUUAAUAAAGCAAUGGAAAAGAUUCUCUUGGCGUUGAAGGUAUUUCAUACAGAGUAUUCUGAGGUUUAGGAUUUGUUCUGUUAUGAUGCGAUCUUGCCAAAAAACUCGCUUGUUCGUGUCUGCUAUCGGUUUUAGCCGAUUUACUAUAAUUUUGAACAGUACUUUGCUGGGAUGGCUUAUGAGAUUGAUGGUGUAGUAGUUUUGACAGAGUUGUGAAUUGCCUUUCUUUGGAAGAGUGAUGCUGAGUGAUUUGGUCCAGUGCUUGGGCCAUACUUCUGAUUGCCAGAUCUUGUUGCAAAUCUUAAAAAGUGCGUUUAUCAUGGUUUCUCCUCCAGCCUGGAGAAGUUCAACCAGGAAUAUUGUCAGCUCCGACUGAUUUUCCCUUUUUUAGGAAUUGCACUGCUGAUACUACUUCUGAGCGAAGAAUAUAUUUUUUAAGUUGAAUACUGCCGGGACAUUAAGUAGCUCUGUAUCUCCUGAGAUUUCAUUCAAAGUUCUACAACCCUGAACAGUAUUGCACCCAUCUUCUUAUCACAUCCUUUUCCUCAGUUAAACAUCUAUUGUUUUUAUCUUGUAUUGUGUUAGUUCUUUCAUGCUACGCAGCCCCUUCUGUGACCUACACAUUUUGCCACAUCCAUGGCAAGCAUAACCAUUGUCAGCCGGUGUUCGAUGAAUUAAACAAAAUAAUUAAUUACCAAUAAUUAAUUGACUAAUUGGAAUUAUUAAGGAGACUAAACCCAACAAAUUUAGCAAUAUAUGUGAAUAGUGAAGGAUUAGUUUCCCUUGUAUCAAACAAAAUAAUCCAUUACUAGUAAGUGAGUAAGCGAGACAGGGAGUGAGUUGAUAUAAGCUUUGUAUAAACACACGUCAUAAUGUAGCGGCAAUAAGUAAGACUUAACACUAACACUUCCCAGUCUAUUCUUGGUGUUAUUUCAUUGGCGCCAACUCUGCUUUUUUUUUUUCAGUCUCUUCCUUGCAAUAAACUGUCUUCUUUUUCUGGUCUAUUUUUUUGUUGUUGUUUGUUUCAUUUGUAUUGAAAGCGCUGUACUGUUUUCCUAGUUGUUGUUUUUAUUUUAUUUCAAUCUUAUUUAAACCCAUGUACUGUGUACAAUCUGUUCCAUGCGUUAUCUCUUUGGUUUUAUUGUCUAUUCCUUGCGUCAUUAUGGUGAAGUUGCCUCUUAUUUAAGUCUGCUACAGUUUGUUUUACAGAUUUAUUGCUUGUGUUUUAUACUUAGUCGACUUCAUUGUGUAAGCCAUCGAUUUAACAUUUGGAAACUAGGCAAGCGAAGCGUUUCCUUCAAGUUGAGAGACUAAUCAUUAUUUGGAUCAGGGUGCGCUGUGCUACAAGCCUAACAAAAUGUUUAUACACCGACACAAAUAUCAAUGAUUUGUGUGAGAGCAGAGAGAUGCCGUCAGUUGAUUUACUGCAUAAUUGUCACAUCUUGUGUAGCCAAAGAAGGAAUUCAACCUCUAAGUAUUGUUUCAACCUAUGUGCCCCAUGGGAUUACAAAUGAGUCAUUGGAAACAAUAAUCCAUUUUUAAUUGACGCAAAAACUGUCAAACUAAUACUGUGCUUGAGUGUGAGUCAAUUUCAUAGUGAAAACAAAAAUUUAAGUAAUUCAUUGAAAUUGAAGCUAAUGGUGACUAGUUUAAAUAACGCUAAAUCAACAAAGUAGAACCAAGUGAUUAAGGAUUCGUUCAGUUUAGAUCUAUGCAAAUAUCUGAAACUGUCAGAGCUGCAGACCAUAUGAAAGGAUUUGGACAGGCUGCAAUGUUUGUUCAUAAGUUAAUCCUGUGGACUCUUUUAUCGCUGUUUCUUGUGUAGAGGCACAAUGCUAGGACAAACAGCUUACAUCAAGUUAAAGCCUGUCUUAAGUGAAGUGGAACUGAGGCAUCCCCUUGACGUGGACAAAGAAAGGUAUCUUGUCCACAAUACAUAUGCCAACCUCCAAGGUACUCCCACUAGGAUGGAGGAUCCUACCAAUUCCACAGAUGAGUUUCGCUCGCAUAACCACGCAGAGCGCAUGAUGAAGAAGCUGGAGAUGUAUGCUGGCAAAAGACAAUUGUGUGAUGUUGUUCUGGUGGCUGAAGACCGACGCAUUCCGGCUCACCGUCUUGUACUCAGCGCUGCCUCGGAUUAUUUCGCUGCAAUGUUUACAAAUAAUGUUCGUGAGGCCAACAUGGAGGAGAUUCUCAUCAAGGAUGUAGAUGCUGAAGCAUUGGCCUUGUUAGUGCAGUACACAUAUACAGGUCAGAUUCAGCUGAAAGAAGAAAAUGUUGAGAAUCUCUUAGCUACUGCUUGCCUGCUCCAGAUGUCUGAAGUAGUUGAAGCUUGUUGCAGUUUUCUUAUGAAACAGCUGCAUCCAUCCAACUGUAUUGGGAUCAGACAAUUUGCUGAUGCUCAAGGAUGUUUGGAUCUUUAUAAAGUGGCUAACAAUUAUGUCAUGGACAAAUUUGUAGAUGUUAUGAAAAAUCAAGAAUUUUUACUGCUUCCAUGUGAUGAAGUUUGCAAACUUUUAUCCAGUGAUGAUCUAAAUGUCCCUAAUGAGGAGACAAUAUUUGAUGCAGUUUUGAAAUGGGCAAGACAUGAUCUCCACAAUAGAAAGAAAUCUCUAGCCAUUUUAUUAUCUCAUAUCAAGUUACCUCUCAUGGCUCCACAAUUUAUUGCUGACCAUGUUGAAACCAAUUCUUUGUUCCAUGAUGACAAAGAAUGCCAACAGCUGAUAAUGGAAGCUCUCAAAUAUCAUUUAUUACCUGAGAGGAGAUCUUCCUUUCAGUCCCCUCGAACUAAACCCAGAAAGUCAACAGUUGGUGUUUUGUAUGCUGUUGGGAGCAUGGAGUGCACUAAAGGUCCAACCAGUAUAGAAAAAUAUGAUUUAAGAACUAAUACUUGGACUCAAGUUGCCAACAUGUCUGGCAGACGUCUCCAAUUUGGAGUGGCAGUUCUAGAUGACAAACUGUUUGUAGUUGGAGGUCGUGAUGGCCUGAAAACUCUAAACACAGUGGAAUGCUAUGAUCCAAGGAAGAAAACGUGGACACUAAUGCCUGCAAUGUCAACACACAGACAUGGACUGGGAGUGGGAGUACUGGAAGGUCCUAUGUAUGCAGUCGGAGGUCAUGAUGGCUGGUCCUAUCUCAAUACUGUAGAGAGAUGGGAUCCUCAAGCCAGACAGUGGAGCUAUGUAGCACCUAUGUCUACAUCUCGAAGUACCGUUGGGGUAGCAGCCUUACAUGGCAAAUUGUAUGCAGUGGGUGGUCGUGAUGGUAGUUCAUGUCUCAAGAGUGUGGAGUGUUUCGAUCCUCACACCAACAAGUGGACACACUGUCAGCCAAUGUCUAAGAGAAGGGGUGGAGUAGGUGCAGCCAACUGUAAUGGAUUUCUCUAUGCAGUGGGAGGCUAUGAGGCACCUGCUACUAAUCCUGCCUGCAGUAGAUUUGACUGUGCUGAAAGAUAUGAUCCCAAAACUGACCAGUGGACAGUAAUAGCAACCAUGAGCAGUGCCAGAGACUCUGUUGGACUUUGUCCAUUGGGGGAUAGGUUGUUUGCUGUGGGUGGCUAUGAUGGCAUGCAAUACCUCAAUGAUGUGGAAUGCUAUGAUGCUGUAUCCAAUGAAUGGACAAAGGUUUCUCCUCUCUGCACUGGUAGAGCAGGUGCCUGUGUAGUUCAUGUUCCAAACAGCUGACUAGGAAAGAACUGCAGCACUAGUGCUCAUGCUCUGGCAUUGCUCAAGAAAUGGCCUUCUGGACUUUUUGCUCUAAGCCAAACUCGCCCUCAUCUUCCAGUGUGGAAGUAGUAGAAUAUAAGAUAUAUUAGCAGUAUAUGAAUUAAAACUGCUUUGAAUCAUUUCAAGUUUUAAUUACUUUGUAUGGUUGAACAAAAAUAUUUCAAUGUGUUAAUUCUACUGUAAAAGACUUCAGACAAGAAAGGUUUAAAAUUCUGUUUCUUUGUGUACAUGUUGGCAUUUCAGUUUCCUAGUUUCCAACAUUUAGUCUUGUGCAUUCAUUUCUUUAAAACUAUCAUCUUUUGUUAGCUAUCUUGCAUUCAUAUAGAAGAUUCAUUUCAAACAUUGUCCUUAGUUCAUGUCUAUUUCUCCUUUGAAGUAUUUCACUUGAAAACAAUAUACUGAAUUCAUUAAUGACUUUCAAAGCUUAAAAAAAAAAAAAAAAGUUCAGACCUUGUGGUCUAUAGGGCAGAUGAUGUAAAGGUCAUGUUUCUUUGGCCUUCGGCUAAUGUGGCCAGCCAACGACCAACCGCCUUUACUUUUCCCCAACUAAUGUCAGGUAACGUACCCAUUAGAGCUGAGUGGACUCAGGGGCGUCCAAAGAUCCUGAAAUUCAAAAUCCCAGUCUUCAGCAGAAACUAAAUUGUUUUUAUUUUGAUGUCUCAGAAAUAAAACAAAGAGAAAAUGUUAAGUUCUGAAAAGUCCUAAGUAAACUUUAUUAUGUAUGAAAAAAAAUAGACAUUUGUAUAUCUUAUUAGUUUCUUGUGUAAAAGAGAAAAUAUUUCAUUUACUUGUUUUACAGGCAUAUGUCAAAAUAUUCACAGAUAAAAUGUAAACAUUCCAUUUUUUGUAUUCACUAUGGACACAAAUUCACUUCAAAAAUAUCAUUCAAUAAUUUUAAUUGUAACUAAUUUUGUUAUAGUUCAUUGAAAAGGCUUUUUUUUUUAAACUUUAAGAAAAUAUUUUUUCUUAAAUUGACUAGAGUUUAUAGUCUUACAAUGAAACAUGUAUUUUACCAUGAAAUCUUAAUAUCAUUUUAAUGCAUCGCAAAUUGUAUAAUUAAAUGUUAUAAGUCAAUAUUUUAUUUACAUUGAAACAUCAUAUGCUAAUAAAGGUCUUCCAUCAGCCAUCUCAAGAUCAUUAUAGCAACCAAACAAAAUCUUGUACUAUAUUUCUUGAAUUUCAAUGCUCUCAUUCUUUUAGAAUCAACUUUCUUUGAUGUGCCUUAAAGCAACGCUUGUUUGAAUUAUUCUUGGUCAGAGGUUAGCACUGUUCUCAGUCCAAUAGUUACAGAUUGUCUUUUAUUUCUGAACUGACAAAUGAUUGUUGGAAAUGUGUAUAAGAGCACCAGUAUCAACACUAAAUACGUUUAUUAAGUUAGGAGCACCACUACAAAAUAGAUACUUUUUUUAAUUUAACUAACAAUGUUAUACACCAUAAUGUAAUUACAUAUAAAACUUGUCUUCUUGGGUUGAAUUUGUUACUGUUAAACCUUCUUACACAGGUAUUUAGAGGUCCCAAUUAUUUCAUUAAUUGUUUUUCUUUCUUUAUAAGUUUUGUAAACAUGGCACACAUUCUGAGAAUAUUUAUCAAUAAGUCAUGAUCUAAUAGCACAAAUAUGAUUUCCAAUCAUAAAUUUUUUAUUAAUUUCUAGAUAGACAUUUUGUAUGUUGGUAACAAAUAGAUAUACUUAUAGUCCUACAUAGACUUAUUUCAUUUACCAAAUGAAAACCUUUAUUUUAUAAUACAGACUAUAUGUUGUAUUAACAAGUCAAUUGUUUUAUUGUAAGAUCAGAUGAUUGCGUCAGUGUGGAUGCUUUAUGAUAGAGUGUAAAAGAAUCUAUCUGUAAACAUGGACUUACUAAGUCAAAACAUAAUUUAAGGAACCAGUUUUGUUAUGUUAAAAUAUUUCCAAUUGAAACCUUUGAAUUGAAUUACUACAUCAUCUUCCAAUGAAAACAUCAAGAAAAAAGUUGAGUAUGUAACAUCAAUACAAAGAUUGGUAGGAAAAUGUCUUUGUAAGAGUUUUCCAGCUUUUGUAAAUUAGUUGCUGCAAGGUAUAUUCUAUACCAUUAGACGAUGUCUGUGAUGGUCUCAAAAUGUUUUCCUUUAAGCUUGAAAGAUUGCCUUUAGAAUAUGGUCAUGUCCUUAAAGAAUAGCUGCACCACCUACAACAAUAACUCAACAUUGAAUUGAAAACAAAAUCUGAGUAAAUCACUUUGAAAAUACUACUCGUGUAAGCUAGAUGUGUAUGCUAUGGACAUGGCAGGCAGCUAUGUAUUGAAAAUCUAAGGCAUUUUUCGCCUCUAGAGACGAUCUUUUCCUUUUUUAACUUCUUGUGUGACCAAAGAGGCAAAUCCUUAAUACACAGCUGCAGUCACAGGUCAGAAAUCUGUACUCACCUGGCACCGUUGCACAUUCACCCUUCUUUCUACUACUGUUGUGUAUGGCAUCAGCAAUUCGGGACCCUUCCUUUAUGCUUGCUCUCCAUGUGGAUCUAUCCAGUGCCACUUUUUCGCAACUGUUAGUGUAGAUUUUGAUUAGCUUCAUGUCGCAUUUGCAUACAUCCGUAUACCUUAAAAGUGGAUGACCAGUGGCUCUCCUGAUUUUCUUAGAUCACCAUACAGAAUGUCUUGUGGGAGUCGACAUUGUGGCAUUCUAUGAAUGUGACCAAGCCAGCCAAGGCAUCUGCUUCUGAUAACAGUGCAGAUGUCCUGGCACCCUGCCCUUCACAGCACUUCCUCAUUGGUUAUUUUAUCUUGCCACCUUAUUUUAAAGAUCAGCCUUAGGCAUCAGAGGCUUUUAUUCCUGCCCUGAGUAGGUUGACCAUUUCACUUCCUUAGAGCAGAAUGCUCAUCACACAGGUCCAGUAGACUAAGGCAGUCACUUUGAUUUCAUUUAGUUGUCAACAUGGUAAAUAGAAUUACGUUUUGUAUUUUUAUUAAUUCAAGUCAAUUGUAACAUUUUCCUCUUAUUGUAUGCAAGAAGUGAAUUUAUGAUUUUAUUCUAUGCAUUUAUGGACCUUUAUUUAUAGCCCAAUUUCUGUUGUUUAUUUAUUUAUUUGUGUGUGUGUGCAUAGAUCUCUUCAAAUGAAUUUGCUUUUAAAUUUGAAAUGUUGACUUCAAUUGUUUUAUAGAAAUGUUAUAUUUUUCUAUCUUCUAUUAUUUACUGUUUAAUGUGUUAUUCCAUACCAUUGGUUUAAAAUAUCUGCAUAUUUCCUUUGUAUUUAUAUACAGUCUCAAUUUGUUUGAUCUGUGUAUUUUGAUAAAACUCUUACAAAAGCCCUCUGUUUAAACAAAAAAAUUUGUUCUCAUUUGUCUACUUUGACUAAACUAGACUAUGAUCAUUCAACUGAUUUUUCUAAUAUACUACCAAACAAAUAACAUUAAAGAAUGAGUUUCAGCCUUCACUCCAAUGACUGAAACCUAACCUUGCUCAUACAUGCAGACAUACCUUUCAAGCUUGAAUAGGGCUAAUAAGAAAAAGAGGAUAUUUCUUGGAACUAGAAGUCAAGUAAAAAUGUUUGUUAUACAAAUUAGCCAAACCUCCCACAGAAUGACUGGGGAUGGCAGCAGGCAGGGUUUGAACCUGGGACUAUUGAGGCCAUCCAGGUUGGUAGAGUUAAAAAGUGUGUCAUAUUACAGAACAAUGAAUAACUACUAUGUUCUAUGUCUGGAACUGUACCCAAUAUUAGGCCUGCCCACUAUAGACUGGGAGAGAGCUGAGUAACUCAUACUAGAAGAAUGCAGAAAGUUGGACUUGGUAACCAGGAGAGAGUAGUGGACUCAGAAGUGCAUGAAAGAAGGGUAGACUCUUAGCAGUCCUAGCCUUCAGAAGCCCUUGAAAGAAGCAUGGACUCUUGGAAGCCCUAGUCUUCACCUGGUUUGUAACUCUCUGUUGUGCCCAAUCAACAAUUAUGUUAUUUUUUAAUUUCAUAGCUAACUAAUUUUUGUUCUGUUUACAAUCUCUAAGUUAGGCCUAUGUCUCAAAACUGCUUGUGCCUUACUGUCUCCACACUUGUACAAUUCUUUAUUCAUUGUGUAUUUGGUUAUUUUUUAAAUGUAUUUUGUCUGAGUUGUAACUAAACCUAAAGAUUAAUUAGAAAUAUCUAUUAUUAUUUGACUAUUUCUAAUUCACAAACUCUUUUAUGUGUUGCUAUUGCAACAUGGAUAUUACUUUGAAUAUAUGCUUAUAUUUUUGUUAUGUUUCAGAUUGGUGUCGUCAUGUUGUUGUUGUUUUCUCAAUACCCCAAAAGAUCUAAUGGAAAUACUUUCAAACCUCCUUCUAUGGAGCUUAACAAAAAUGGCUUUUUUAGUCACUUAUCUAUUGCCAUUGAAUUCUGCCUCGUACAAAGCCACUUUCACUUCAUAGCAACUUCCAAAACAUACUUUGAAUUAGGGUCAAGCAAAUUUGAAAACAAUCUUGCCUCAUAUUAGCAAAACAGAAUCAAAAUCUAAACUAAUUAUAAAAUUAUUUUCUUGACGCAUUUUAAGACUUGUUUAGCUAUGUGAGCUGCUGUGUUGUUUAGACUGUGUUCAACUAAGCAAUAAUAGUUUCUAAUUCCAGCUGUGCAUGGGGUUCUUUUUGUACAUGUAUCUAGAUGUUGAAGUAGCAUGUUUAUUACUUUAUUCAACAGUUUAAUAUGCAGUGAUUCCUUCACCCCAUUUCAAUACACAAAAAUCAUUAUUUGUGCAAGGAAAAACAAUGUCCAAUUUACAUACGAAUGUCCUUUUAUAAGAAAAAAAAAUUAGUCCGCAAUAAACUUAUGUUAAAGGGUUACAAUUUUAAUAUAAAUAUGUAGACAAGUGAUAUAGCAUCGUUUGGUAAAAAUAUGUAGGCCAGUGAUAUUGCACAUAUCGAAACAAGCCGACAAAAUUAUUAUUAUCACUCGGUCUCUAUUGCAUUGAACCAGCUUAUCAAUUACUCGGCCGCUAUUGCAUUGAACCAGCUUAUCAAUUACUCGGCCGCUAUUGCAUUGAACCAGCUUAUCAAUUACUCGGCCGCUAUUGCAUUGAACCAGCUUAUCAAUUACUCGGCCGCUAUUGCAUUGAACCAGCUUAUCAAUUACUCGGCCGCUAUAGCAUUGAACCAGCUUAUCAAUUACUCGGCCGCUAUUGUAUUGAACCAGCUUAUCAAUUACUCGGCCGCUAUUGUAUUGAACCAGCUUAUCAAUUUUUAUCAAUUCUUCUAAAACAUUGUUUACGCCUAAAUAAAAGCAAGAAAUAAUAAUAACCUUAAUGUAGUCAUGCAUUUUGAAUGUUUUCAUUAAGUUCAAAGAUAUGAAAAAUUCAAUCGCCAGAGGAGGAACUAAAGUGAAAUCCAAUACACCUGAAAUGUAUGAAUUUAUUCUGCAGUUAACUCUUGAUAGUCCAAAGGUUAGCUGUACUUGAAAGAAUUGAACUCUUGGUAGUCCAAAGGUUAGCUGUACUUGAAAGAAUUGAACUCUUGGUAGUCCAAAGGUUAGCUGUACUUGAAAGAAUUGAACUCUUGAUAGGCCAAAGGUUAGCUGUACUUGAAAGAAUUGAACUCUUGGUAGUCCAAAGGUUAGCUGUACUGGAAAGAAUUGAACUCUUGGUAGGCCAAAGGUUAGCUGUACUUGAAAGAAUUGAACUCUUGGUAGGCCAAAGGUUAGCUGUACUUGAAAGAAUUGAACUCUUGAUAGGCCAAAGGUUAGCUGUACUUGAAAGAAUUGAACGGUGUAGGUCAAGAAGUUCUAUUGAUGAAGUAAAAAGAGAUUCUCUUAGCCUUAGAUGGGUAUAAAAUAAACUACAGACGAAAAAGAAAUAGGUAUUGAUCUUUAAAAAAACACAAAACUAGAUUUCAGCUUUCUUUGACCGGUACUGUACUAACUUACAAUUGAAGGACACACCUGUAGACAUUCAGGUGCUCAUGAAUUACAUGAGUUUAGGUCGGGGGCGCCGCGUUGAAUUAUUGAGUUUGUCGGAUUAUGAAGAGGCAAACUAUCAAGAAUUCACUGCAUGUGUAAAUACAUCCCUUUAGAUCAAUCAACAAAUUAAGCUCUUGAUUUUGUGUCAGCUCAUUUGUUUCUGUUGGUUCAAAGCUGAACAAUUAAAAAAUUGUAUUUUGAUGUCAUUUCUUAUACACAUUAAUAUUAUAAUUAUGUAAAUAAAAUCGUCAGCUUAAUCGUAAACUGUCUUAUUACCUAUUUAGGAUUGCAAUUGAAUACACAUGUUUAAUUCCAGGGUGUGUAGGCCUACCUAAAUAAAGUAGGUCACCAUGCAGGUCUGUACACUUGUUAGCAAAGGUUUGUGUGCACAAAUAAAAACAAAUAAUAGAAAAGUCAAUAACAUUUCUGUCUGUGUACUUCAUCUAAGAUGUGAUUACAGACUGCUUAUGUUGACACUAUGGCCCAAUAGUUUGAGAGAAAAGAUGGGUUAGUGUUCUAAGCAUUUCGUAGAGCGAUUUGAUUUCAUGUUCAUUUAUACUAUAGUUAUGAUAUUGUACAUUUUAUUACGCCUUAGUCAAAUUAAUUCGUGUGUUUGUGUCAUUGUUUAAUUAAUGUCAUUUUAUGUAAGGGGUGGCAAUACAUGUGAAGACAUGAAAGUCAUGAAGAUCAAUAAAUUAACAUUUGUUUCUACAUUUUUUAA